AUGAAGGCCAUUUUAUUUAGGGCUGUAGCUGUCCAGACCCUAUUCCUUAACAACCCAAUUCUAGCGUUCCCAGUUGGAGUUUCCCUCGCCACUGACCUACCAACUGCUCUACUUGAGCCAGAAACGCACAGAACUAUCGCAAAUGUUACUAAAGAGUUUUAUGUGGGCCUAACGGUGCCAAUUUAUAAACUCUUGACUCCACGAAGGAUCGCUCCACGCCAAGUUCCCGAAGUCACUCCCGCUGUGUUGCCCGAAGUCACUCCCCCUGUGGUGCCCGAAGUCACUCCCCCUGUGGUGCCCGAAGUCACUCCCCCUGUGCUGCCCGAAGUCACUCCCCCUGUGGUGCCCGAAGUCACUCCCCCUGUGGUGCCCGAAGUCACUUCCCCUGUGGCGCCCGAAGUCACUCCCCCUGUGGCGCCCGAAGUCACUCCCCCUGUGGCGCCCGAAGUCACUUCCCCUGUGGCGCCCGAAGUCACUCCUUCCGCGCCUGAGCCCGACGUCCCUUCUGAGAACGACAAUUGGAGUAUUCCGGGUCCUCCGGGCCCUCCAGGUCCUCCAGGUCCUCCAGGUCCACAGGGCCCUUUUGGUCUCGAAGGUUUUCCUGGUUCUGAGGGUCCCCCUGGCCCUGCCGGCUCUCCUGGUCCUCAAGCCGAUCCCGGCCCUCCCGGCCCUCCUGGCCCUGCCGGAGUUCCCGGUCCUGCUGGUGUUAAUGGUCCUGUUGGCGUUUCUGGUCGUCCUGGUUCUCCUGGUCCUUCUGGCCCUCCCGGCGCCACUGGUCUUGCUGGGGCUUCUGGACCUCCCGGCAGACCUGCUCCUCCAGGACCUCCUGGACCGGCAGGGCCCCCGGGACUGAAUGGGUUGGAUGGUCCUCCUGGUUCCACUGGCCCUGCUGGUGCUAAAGGUCUGAACGGUUCUCCUGGCCUUCCUGGUCCGGCUGGCUCGGCUGGCUCUGCCGGCCUUCCCGGCCCUUCUGGCCCUGCCGGCCCGGCUGGUAUGUCUGGUCCUGCCGGUUCUCCUGGCUCUGCCGGCCUUUCUGGUCCUCCCGGCCGUAACGGCUUGAAUGGAUCUCCAGGAGUCCCUGGUGCUCCUGGACCCCCGGGGCCUUCUGGCGCUCCUGGAACUCCUGGUCGUAACGGCUUAAACGGAUCCCCAGGACUAGCCGGCCCACCUGGACCGCCUGGACCGCCUGGACCGCCUGGACCGCCAGGGCCGCCAGGGCCUCGAGCAUCACCUGUUCUGUAA